AUGACUCACGGAGGCCGAACCGCGGGUCUCUACGAGUAUCCAUGGAUGACGCUCAUCGCAUAUAAGACACGACUGGGACCCCAGUUCGAAUGCGGCGGCAGCCUCAUCAAUGAACGCUACGUACUCACCGCGGCCCACUGCAUCUCCAACUUGAAGCUGCUUGGCGUGAGGAUAGGAGAAAACGAUGUGGAUACCUCCCCGGACUGUCAAGGAGAACCUCCCACUCUUACUUGCGAAUCUAAGAUUCAGGAUAUUCGUAUUGAGGAGGCCAUACCCCAUCCAGAAUAUCACGGCAAACCCAACAACAGAAAUGAUAUCGGUCUUCUCAGGCUUAAAAAGCCAGUGGACUUAUCUUUCAAGAACGCCGGUAUAAUCUGCCUGCCGGUAUCCAGAGACCUACAGAGCCGUAACCUCGGAGGCCAGCACGCCACCGUCGCUGGCUGGGGCUAUACUGAGAAAGGCUACAUCUCAUCUAAGCUGCUAGCCGUAUACGUGCCAAUACAUACUGCUGAUUCGUGCCGAGAAUUGUAUAAUAGAGGCCAAAAACCCGGUGAAGAAGACGAGACGACCAACAAGAUCUGCGCCGGUGAGAACGGCAAGGACUCCUGCGCAGGGGACUCCGGAGGCCCACUGAUGGUCAAGGGGGCCUACAGGAAUAGCGGAGAACGCUUCAUUCAGCACGGCAUCGUGUCGUACGGACCCAGGCUUUGCGGGUCCGACUUUCCGGGAGUAUACACAGAUGUUUCGAACUAUAUGAAGUGGAUAUUGGAUAAUAUUAAGCCUUGAUUUUAGAUCAUAAUAACUUCUCGUCAUCGUUAGGUCCUUG